AUGACUUCAUUGAUCUCUGUGGCGAUGGCUCCUCCUUCAGGCUCCACCUGCAUGAAAUUUAAAAAGGCGCCGAGGCAAGUAGUGAAUGUGAAUGCAAGAUUUGAUCAACAUAAUCGUGGCCGAAGCAAGAUUGUGGAUGAGAACAUGAUUGUCCUACGAAUGCGUAUUAAAGAGAUGAAAUUGCUAGAAGCUGGAAAAUCAGGAGCACCCUCAAAUUGGAUGGGAUGGGAGAAGAAGUACUUUGCACAUUACAAUGAGGACGUUUGUGAAGUCAUAGGUUUGUUACAAAUGUAUUUGAUGGAGACUAGGCCAGCUUUGGCUAUUGGGAUGUCGGCUCUGCUUUGUUUGAGUGUGUCGUGUUCAACUUAUUUUUUGGUCCUGCAUGCCCUGGAGAUGGCCAAGUUUAUUCUCCAUAUUUCAUAA